GAAGAGUGCAGUAUACAAACUUUACUUUAACAACAACACUGGAGGAGCAAAAUACUUUUCAUUGCUGCUGACAGGUCAGGAAAUUUCACCACAGAAACCUCUUCCUCUCCCCCCUUGACAUUGAGUGGUGUGGUGGGACAUCACAGCCGGUCUGGUUAAUGAUGAUGUCAACAGUGAUGACUAAGGUUUGGAAGAUGUACAGCAGGUGUCCAAUGCAGGAAACCCCAAUAAGGAAUUAUGUCUCUUGAAUGAUUCUGCGGUAUUGCUGUUGAAUUAAGUUUUGUAUCCCAACUCAUUCAGAAGUCACUGUGAGUUGUAAGAGGUGAACAGUCAGAAUCAUGUCAGAUUUUAGACACGUUGGAGCUACACGGGUUAUUAGUGAUAACUCAGAAGAGGAUGAACCACAGCCGAAUAAAAGUGAGGAGAAUAAUUCGGAUCGGGGACACAAAGCUAUGAUGGACAAGAUAGAGGAGUUUUUUAAGAUCUGUGACAGCGAGGGAAAAGGCUUCAUCACACGCACUGAUAUGAGGAGGUUACACACAGAAUUGCCGCUAACUGCUGAUGAGCUUGAGAACGUCUUUGACUCGCUAGAUCUUGACAAAAACGGCUCCCUCAGCGUAGGAGAGUUUUCCUCUGGAUUCAGUAGAUUUCUUCACAGACGGAGGAUCUCUAUAACAGAUGAUUUAUCUCUCACACCGUCUCAAAAUGUCCCAGAAGAUCUUCAUGAGAGCCAAUGGGACGAGUGUUUUUCAGAAAAUGAAGAUGAGGAAGAGAGGCAUUUCAGCAUGUUGAUAGAGAGCUUGGGUGCCAGCAAUGUCUUUGAGGACCCGAAUGAGGUGCGCAGUCUGUGGACUCAGCUCAGGAAAGAUGAACCUCACCUCUUGUCUAACUUUGAAGAGUUUCUGGCCCGUGUCACACAUCAAAUCAAAGAUGCACAACAAGAUAGGAAACAGAUGGAGAGCGCCCUCAAAAGAAACGCAGCCACACAUGACAGUGAGAUCCGUAGAUUGUAUGAGGAAAUGGAACAAGAGAUCACUAAAGAAAAAGAUCGAGCAAUACUGAAGGACUCUGAAAGUCUGCAGAUACGCAGCCAUGACCUCCAGCAGCAGCUUCGCAAUAAAGAACAAGAUCUGGAGCAACUUUUCCAGAAACAGAGGAGGUUGGAGCGGCAAUGUCUCGAGCUUCACAGCGAGCACCAGGAGAGCCGGCUGGAAAACGUCAAACUAAAAUUGACCAAUGAGGAGCUGUCUCAGGAGCUCGCGCACACCUGCCAGGAGCUGAUUUUGGCUCAGGAGCAGCUGGGGGUUUUGCAGAAGCAGGCAUCUCGACUACAGAAGGAGAGAGAGAUGGAGAUGUACAGAAUUACAGAAGGACUGCAGAGAGAAAAACAAAGUUUGAUGAAACAGUUGGACCUACUCAGAGAAAUGAAUAAGCAUCUAAGAGAUGAGCGAGACAUUACCUUUCUGAAACCCAACAAUUCAAUAAAGAAACCAUCAAGGACGCAAAGGCCGAGCUCAACCUCAACAAAAUACAAAGAGAGAAAAUCAUCAGUCAAAAAAGAAGUUGACAAAGAGGAAGUGACUCAUCACCCUAACAGGAAGUCCUCUUCUAUAGUGAACGAUCAAUGCCCACCCUUUACCACAGGGGAUGAUGGGAAGGUAGCUGGGGACACAGAGAGUGUAAACGUUGGGACGGAUGUGGAGGAUUCGCCCCCGGAUGGUUGGCCUCUACGCAGGGUCAUUUCCAUCGAGGAGGACCACCUUCCCCACCUGCUACAAGGAGACCCCCAUCUUCUGCUCCACCAGUUGAAUGAAGAAGAGGAGGAGCAGGGGGGAGAGGAUGAAGGUCAGGCCGAUCUAAAAAUAAGCUCCAUGGACCCCUCCAAUGGAUCCCUGGCUUCUGUUGAUUCUCCACCACCAGUGACGGUAAAGAAGCCCUUGAAGAAGAAAUGGAUCAAGGGAAAUAUGCCCACUUCAGCCCGAGGUCAACCUGUAGGGAAAGAGACCCUCCAGCAGGGUCAAGCAGAAGGUGGAUCUGUGGUUCCUCAGCGUCUCUUUAAAGUGAUUAUGGUGGGAAACUCCAGCGUGGGUAAAACGGCAGUGCUGAGACGUUUCUGUGAUGGACACUUUCACUCUGCCACCUCUGCCACUGUGGGCGUUGACUAUAGUGUACGAACAUUGAAUUUGGGAGACAGUUACGUGGCUCUUCAGUUAUGGGACACCGCAGGCCAAGAGAGGUACCGCAGCAUUACCAAGCAGUUUUUCCGCAAGGCAGAUGGUGUGGUCGUCAUCUAUGACAUCACAGCGGUGACUAGUUUCAAAUCUGUGCGCUCCUGGCUGGCAAGCAUACAGGAGGCGGUGGGCGACCCCAUUCCUGUCAUGCUCCUCGGAAACAAAUCGGACAUGGAAAACGAGAGGGAGGUGCAGACGAAGGACGCAGAGAUGCUAGCUCAGGAGAUGCAUCUGUUAUUCAGUGAGUGCAGUGCAUAUACUGGAGCUAAUGUGCUUGAGGCCAUGAUACAUCUGGCCAGGGUCUUGAAAGAACAGGAGGACAAGGUUUGGGUCAACACCGUCAGUCUGGUGAAUCAGCCAUUAAAGAGGAAAUCCUGCUGCUAGUGACCACAAAAACACUCACACACACACACACACACACACACACACACACACACACACCUCUGGAUAUCUGAUGUGUUCAUCUUACUUGAGUCAAAAACGUCAAGUGUAAAGAAACGCCCUAAAGUGCAUUCAAUAUCCAUGCUCUUCUGAUGUGUGCGUAUAAAUGUAAAAUAAAUACUGUAGAGUUUCAGGACAGUUUGCUACACAUUUAAAUAAAUCUUUGUAUAAAUAUUUCUGAUAAAAAUACCCAGCAAGCAGUUUUGCGUAUAAAAGACGUCUAAUAGCCAUCCAAACACAGACGUCUAGACUACAACAAGGCAAAAAAUGGGCUGUAAGUAAAAUUAAAUAGACGUCUAACUAUUGAUAAAUUUAAACAUCUCACAAGUUAUUUUGGCAAAAACAACGUUACCAAAUUCAACUUUAUUUUGGCUACAAGUGGGUUACUUGUAGCUGGAUUAUAGUUAACCUAGACGGUGAAAUGACUGCUAUUGCAUGCUGGGUAGUCUGUAAGAUUAAUGUUGAAAAUGUAUUUAAUGAAAUUGUAUAUUUAAAUGAUCCUGUAAUAUGGAAAAACAUGGUUUUUACUACUACCGCAACCGAGCAAGAAAUACAAGAAGUUAGGAGGUUGAUUUGUCCAAACAAGGCAUAAAAUAAGUUAGGAGCAAAUACGACUGUUUGUCAUUUUCCAUUUAUUUGGCAUUCCAGUAGUCUCCUACAAUCAUCCUAAAAUUUUCCUAACAUCAUUACAUCAGUAAAUAUUUGCAGGGUCAGUUCAGACUUUUUCUUCAAUUGAACUGCUCUGCGAUGUUAAGUGCAAAUAUUUUGUUUUUUAAGCUGGUUGUUUGUGGCAUAAGGUAAUAUUUUUAUCAAGAAGACUUAACCGAUGAUCAUAUUCAAAAUCUAAAAUCUUAAUAUUAUUAAAGAGUCUCGUACAUCCUGCUAUUGAUAAGAAUGAUUUAAAAUCAUUUAGCUGCUCUCUGUGAAUCUCAAUAAAUUAAAACAUUGCAGUGGUCACAAUAUCAACGUAAAAGCAAUAAAUAAUAAAUAAGCAAAGCAUAAAACAACCAGUAGCUCUUACUGUAAAUGUCACCCAUGCUUUUUUCAACAUCAAUAGCCUUUUUUCUAUGAGGCAGUUUUGUUUUAUAUCUUAUCUACUGUCAACAGUAAUGCUUUUCUACUUAUAAAACUCAAAUAAACGCAAACUUGGACAUUCUCAAA